GGAGAGAGAGAAUCUAGUGGGCUUUGAGCUGUGAUUUAGCUGUCUUCACUUCUCUCUUCUUUCCUCAUCCUUUCUCCAUUCACACACCCCCAAAAUCCCUAGCAACCAAAUAAAACCCUCCAUUCUCUCUCCACCAUCUCACUUCUCCAUUUCCAUUUUUCUUCAGAUCUCUCUCCUCUCUCUCUCUCUCUCUCUAUCUCUCCCACCCACAUUUCCUCUCUUUCUCCAUUAACAAACCUCCCUGAAGCUUCCACUGAUGUCUGCGCUGACAUGAGGCAAAACGGAGCUCCAUCUUUCUGCUUUUUUUUAGCUUCUGUUUUACUCGCAUUCUCGUUUUCUGCCUCCGCCGCCGCUUUCAGGGUUUCCGAUAAUGGCCCAUUGUCGGACUCCGAGGUCCACUACAUCCAGCGCCGCCAGCUGCUGUACUACCGCGACGAGUUCGGCGACCGCGGCGAGCGGGUCACGGUUGACCCGUCGUUGACGUUCGAGAACGACAGGAUCCGGAAUGCUUACAUCGCUCUCCAGGCCUGGAAGCAGGCCAUCAUUUCGGAUCCGCGGAACACCACUUCGGAUUGGGUCGGGUCAGACGUGUGCAACUACACCGGAGUCUUCUGCGCGCCGGCGCCGGAUAAUCCUAAAAUUCGGACCGUCGCCAGCAUUGACCUCAACCACGACGACAUUGCCGGAUACCUCCCGGAGGAGCUCGGCCUGCUCGCAGAUCUAGGGGUUUUCCACAUCAAUUCCAACCGCUUCUGCGGCACAAUCCCGAAGAAGUUCAAAAACUUGAAGAUUCUGUUCGAGCUUGACAUCAGCAACAAUCGGUUCGCCGGUAAAUUCCCUUACGUCGUUCUCAGCUUGCCUAGAUUGAUCUAUUUAGACAUCCGGUUCAAUGAAUUUGAAGGCACCGUGCCGUCGGAGCUCUUCGAUAAGCCCUUGGACGCUAUCUUCAUUAACCACAACCGCUUCGCCUUUGAAUUGCCGGAUAAUUUUGGUAAUUCUCCGGUGUCUGUGAUUGUACUGGCGAAUAAUAAGUUCCACGGCUGUGUGCCGUCGAGUAUCGGGAACAUGAGUAAUCUGAAUGAGAUUAUAUUGAUGAAUAAUGGAUUGCGGUCCUGUUUUCCGCCGGAAAUCGGGAUGUUGAAGAAUGUGACGGUGUUUGACGUCAGCUUUAACCAGCUUUUGGGGCCGUUGCCGGAGAAGAUUGGCGAGAUGGUUAGCUUGGAGCAGUUCAAUGUGGGGCAUAACAUGCUUUCCGGGACGAUACCGCAGAGUAUAUGUAAGCUUCCCAGGCUUGAGAAUUUUACUUACUCUUAUAACUUCUUUACCGGUGAACCGCCGGCUUGUUUGGCGUUGCCGGCGUUUGAUGAUCGCCGGAAUUGCUUGCCGACACGGCCGAACCAGCGGGGUGCUGCUCAGUGCAAGGCGUUCUUGUCCAAGAAAAUUCAUUGCGGGGCUUUCAGGUGUAAAAAGUUUGUUCCGGCUUUGCCGCCGCCUCCUCCGCCGUCUCCUCCGCCGCCGGUUUUUGUUCCGGUUUCUCCGCCGCCUCCUGUUUAUUCUCCUCCACCGCCGCCUCCUGUUUAUUCUCCUCCACCGCCGCCUCCUGUUUAUUCUCCCCCACCACCUCCACCGGUUUAUUCUCCUCCGCCUCCCCCACCUUCACCGCCACCGCCGGUUUAUUCACCACCUCCACCGCCACCGCCGGUUUAUUCUCCACCGCCGCCGCCACCGUCUCCUCCUCCACCAUCACCUCCUCCGCCGUCUCCACCACCUCCAUCACCUCCUCCACCAGUUAUGUCUCCACCUCCACCAUCACCACCACCGCCAUCACCGCCUCCGCCGUCGCCUCUGCCUUACUGUGUGCGAUCCCCACCACCUCCACCACCAAAUUCUCCGCCGCCUCCACCGCCUUUGUAUUCCCCUCCUCCACCAAGCCCUUACUAUUAUAAUUCACCGCCACCUCCAUCCCCACAUUCUCCACCUCCGCCACCACAUUCUCCGCCUCCACCGCCGCAUUCUCCGCCUCCACCACCGGCAUACGUCUAUCCAUCACCACCUCCACCCCCAGUCUACUCCUCACCUCCUCCGCCCCACUCUCCACCUCCUCCAUCACCUGUCCCAUGUAUAGAGCCGCCACCGCCCCCUCCUCCCUGUAUAGAGCCACCCCCACCACCGUCCCCACCACCUCCCUAUGUUUACCUGCCGCCACCAUCUCCAUCACCCCCACCACCACCAGUCCACUACAAUUCCCCACCCCCUCCAUCGCCAUCACCGCCUCCUCCUGUGUACUAUCCCUCUCCACCUCCACCAUCGCCAUCACCGCCGCCCCCAGUGUACUAUCCCUCUCCACCUCCGCCUUCACCAUCACCGCCGCCCCCAGUUUACCACCACUCACCUCCACCACCACCUCCAGAGCCCUGUGAACAUCCUCCCCCACCACCAAUCACCUAUGAGAGCCCGCCACCACCGACUCCAGAAUUCCAUGGACCCUUACCUCCGGUCAUCGGGGUUUCAUAUGCUUCACCUCCACCUCCACCCUUCUAUUGAUUCUUUAGAGAAUUUUCCUCUAACCAGUCCUCAAGACACAAACUAUACCUACAAUUAAACUAGAUGUCAUUGCUUCAAUUGUUAUUUGCAGUCACAAUAUACUUCUUUGUCCACUCAUUCCUGUCCAACCCAAAACAAAGAUCAAUGUAGAGAUCAAAUUAAACAACAUGGGUGCUGGGAAUGGGUAAUCUGUAUUCCAGUAUUGCUGUACCUGAUUGGAUUGUUCAGGCAAAGUUAGAAGAGGAGGUAAGAGGAGAAUGCUCUCUCCUGAAGAUUAAUUUGCAAAUGUUGUUAUGGUUGUGGAGAAAAUAAAUUGAAUUGGCUGAGAAGAAAAGAGAGUAGGUUAUCUUUCAGGGAAUUGAAGUGUAUGUAUAGAUGCCAUAAUCUGGAGCAGAAACCCAGUUUGCAGUGCUUGCUGCUGCUGAUUCUGGUCUCUUGAUUUCAUUGUUAUUAUCUUUUUUCUUUCUUUCUUUUUCCUAUUAUCAUCAUACUUUUGCUUCUUCAUUUUGUUCUUCAAUUCUAUAGUAUAAUGAUGAACAUUUUACUUGUAUUUUUUGCCCUCAACAUUCAGAUCAUUCCUUUCUUUCAUU